AUGGCAGCUUCUUACGGUCCAGAGUUGAUCCUGCUGUUACUGGGUGAGAAACAAAGUGGGAAGAGCUCAGCAGGAAACACCAUCCUGGGAAAACCAGCCUUUUGCAGAAAAACAACCCGCAGCUGCAGAGAGAGCGGCACCACCUGUGGAAGACGAGUGACCGUGGUGGACACCCCAGGGUGGCUGUCCCACUCCACUACUCCACACAGAGUAUCCCAGGAGCUCUGCAGAGGUCUGACCCUUUGUCACUCAGAGCCUGAUGUCAUCCUGCUGGUGCUGCCCAUCACCUCCACCUUCAGCCCAGAGGAGUGGAGGGCCAUGCAGGCCCAGCUCAGCCUGCUCCAAACCCCCAUCUGGCAGCGAGCCAUGGUCCUGUUCACUCAUGGAGACAAGUUAGGAGGCCUGUCGAUCCAGGAGCACAUACGACAGCAGGGUCAGACUCUUCACUGGCUGCUGGAGCGAUGUGGGAACAGGUACCAGGUGAUGACCAACCAGUCUGGGGCGUCAGAGGAUCAGCUCACUGAGCUCUUUGAGAAGAUCCAGAGGAUGAUUCAGACUAACAAGCGUCCGAGGGAGAUCCAGGACAGGAUGUACAAGCUGCUGAGACGAGAUGUGAGCAUGAAGGAGGACAGGAGGGUGCAGGGAGGACAGGAGGAGAUAGAAAUGAGAGUGAUGUAUGACGUGCAUGACGGGAGGCCGGGGCAAAGGAAGCAGACGACCUCAGGAGAGGCGUGGGUACCCAGAGUGUUCGAAGCGGAGCCUGCUGGUCUGAAGCCUGCUCUUUGCCUCGUCCUGCUGGGGAGGAGGAAGUCAGCGAAAAGCUCCGCAGGGAACAUAAUCCUGGACAGUGAAGUGUUUCAGACGGACAUGAAGACCACCAGGUGCUCUGCAGGCCAUCGGAAAGUGUCAGGGUUGCCCGUCACAGUGGUGGACACGCCCGGGUGGAGUCUGUUUGGUCUGGCCAAUCCCAGGCAGGUCAGGAUGGAGAUCAGUUGGAGCACUUCCCUCUGCCCUGCGAGGAGCAAAGUGUCCUUCGUGCUGGCUGUACCUGUGGACACGUUCAGAGAGAAAGACAGGAGAGCUGUGGAGACGUACCUCAGUGUUUUGGGGAGUGAUGUAUGGAGGAGCACUGUGGUGUUGUUCACGUAUGGAGAGGAGCUGCGAGGACGGACGGUGGAGAAUCACAUUGAGAGGAGCGGAGAGCCUCUGAAGUGGGUGCUGGACAGAUGUGGACGCCGCUAUCAAGUGUUAGAUACAAAUACAAGAGACAAGACUCAAGUGAAUCAGCUGCUGCAGAUGAUAGAGAGGCUCUAGGGAGGAUAUAAAUGUGACCUGCAGUGGUCAUGGGUUAUAGUUUUAAUCUAAAACUACAACAGUAUUUUUUAUGCCUCAGCAAUUAUGAAGUAAAGGAGAGGAAGCCAGUCUGCUGUCAUUGGCUUGUUCAGUUUAGUUUUCUACAGCACAAUAAUGUUUUAUGACAAGUUUUCCAUGUUUGUGUUAACAACAAAUACCUUGUGCUCACUACCACAUGACAUAUGUCCAAUUCUACCUUUAUGAUACAUUCCCUCGGCCAUAUUUGAAUUUUGUGUUUCAUCACUUGACAUAUUGUAAUCCAUAACAACGUUAGAAAUGUUUGUUUUUUUGUCGUCUGGCUGAGAGAAGUCGACUUGUACUGAGGCGACCUGCUCUUAUUCAUCAGCUAUGUG